AUGUUGUCUCACAAGGGACCCUUGGAGGCCCAGGGCAACGGGGCUCCUGCCGGCAACAGGGCUGACACAGUAGAGCUGGCGGAGCUGGGAGCCCUGGUAGAGAAAAAGGGCAAGUGGACAAUCAGCAACCCAACCAAAGCUGAAGAGGAGCAGGCCUACCCAGGGCUCAGGAGGAGGGGGCGGAGGUGUGGGCCCCUGCAGGCCCACCAUGCCAUGGAGAAGAAGGAGGAGUUUGUAUACGAGGUCUGGGAGCGGUGCUGGACGGUCAUCCCACACGACGUGCUCCCGGACUGGUUGGAGGACAACAGCUAA